AUGCCAGGUGGUAAAGGAGGCGGAGGGGGUGGUGGCAAAGGCGGAGGAGGGGGAGGGAAAGGAGGAGGAGGAGGUGGUGGAGCUGGUAAAGGUGGAGGUGGCUCUGCGAAAGGGAGUGGAGGCGGCGGCAGCGGUGGUGGUGGGGCAAUGAAAGCUCCCGGUGGCGGAGGAGAAUACAUUUCGAGGGCUGGUUUUGAGUUACUUCUCAGGCCAUCCUCGGCACUUGUGUAUAUAGACGCUUGCUCUCCAAUCGUGAAUAUCAAUAUCCUCCGCUUGCAAGCUACCUUGUGUCCACUUUUGGCUACUCGGAAGCAUUGGCGCGAGGUCAAGCGAGAAAGAUAUAUUCUUGUUCAAUAA